UCCUCUCCUCCGGGUUCGGUUUUACCAUCAUCACCGUGGCCGCGCCAUGCACCGUCCCCGACACCUUGACCCUCGCCCUCCCACCGGUCUCCAUCCCGCCAGUCCACAGCCGGCCUCCCCUCCGCCCCCUAUAUAUACCCUCUCGCCACCUCCCCGACCCUGCAAGUCAUCCCUACGCCUCCUCUCUCUUUCCGACUGAACUCCAAGAACAUCUUCUCAUUUUCUCUGCUUCCAAUGGCGAAGGGCGGGCUGAGCAGCAAGCUCAAGUGCAUGAUCAGGCGGUGGCACUCGUCGAGCCGGAUCUCGCGCACGCCCUCGGCGGCGUCGCACGGCGGCGGCGGCGGCGAGGAGGAGGACCCGUGGGGCCGCGGCGUCGGCGGCGGCGCGGCGUCGUUCCACGGCGCCGACAGCGUGCCCCCGGGCCUCCACCCGGUCUACGUCGGCAAGUCGCGCCGCCGCUACCUCAUCGCCGCCGACCUCGUCUGCCACCCGCUGUUCCAGAACCUCGUGGACCGCUCGGGCGGCGGCGUGGGCGGCGACGGCGCCGGCGGCACCAUCAUCGGCUGCGAGGUGGUGCUGUUCGAGCACCUCCUGUGGAUGCUGGAGAACGCGGACCCGCAGCCCGAGUCGCUGGACGAGCUCGUCGAGUACUACGCGUGUUGACCGGCGGACCGGCCGGCCGGCCAACCGCCCACAUCAUCCGCAGCUGGCGCCAAGCUCGCCAGAGUUGGUGGCCUGGCCUCUAUAGGGGGCAAUUUGGUAAUUCUUUCUUUACGCUAGGGGUAGAGUUGUAAUAUAAACGCUUAUCGAGCGGCGAAGUGAGUAAUUAAGCUGUGUGUGUGUGUGGAGAUUUAUUUAACCUUGAGGCGUUCGUGGUAAUUCGGGGACUAGCUUUGCGAUUACCGCGCGCCCAAGAACGAUGCUGUUUUGGGGCUAUUAAUCAAUUUCCCUAAUGAUUGGUGUGGUAGCUUCUUUUAUUCUUCUUAUUAA